AUGCUUUUUGCCUUUCUUGCAAUCGGCCUGGCGCCACUGCUAGCAACUGCUCAAGUGAGCGCAGACUCCGUGGGCCCAACAACAUCCUACGCAUCUAAGGCCGACAACAAGAUUUGCAAUGUCUUAGAUUAUGGUGCUGUCGCUGACAACUCUACUGACGUUGGAGCACCUAUCAGUGACGCCUGGGAUGAGUGCAAGGAUGGUGGUGUGGUUUAUAUCCCACCUGGUGAUUACGCUCUUAACACCUGGGUUGACCUUACAGGUGGGAGUAGCUGUGCUAUCAACAUUGAUGGAAUCCUCUAUCGGACUGGAACCGAUGGUGGUAAUAUGAUCUACAUUGAGCACACUACCGACUUCGAAUUGCUCAGCUCUACUUCCGCCGGCGCAGUGCAAGGCUUUGGUUACGUCUACCAUGCGGAGGGGGACAUUUCUGGCCCCCGUAUUUUACGUCUGUACGAAGUUGAGGAUUUCUCGGUUCAUGAUCUGAUCCUUGUUGACUCUCCUUCUUUCCAUUUCUCGAUGGACACUUGUUCCAAUGGUGAGGUUUAUAAUAUGAUCAUUCGUGGAGGAAACGAAGGCGGACUGGAUGGGAUCGAUGUGUGGUCUGACAACAUGUGGAUUCACGAUAUAUCUGUCACCAACAAGGAUGAGUGUGUUACUGUCAAGAGCCCGGCUCAGAAUAUCCUGGUAGAGAGUAUCUACUGCAACUGGAGCGGCGGCUGUGCCAUGGGCUCUUUGGCCGAUGACACCGAUAUCUCGGACAUUACAUACCGAAAUGUUUACACUUGGUCCUCAAAUCAAAUGUAUAUGAUCAAGAGCAAUGGCGGAAAUGGCACCGUCUCGAAUGUCCUCUUGGAGAACUUCAUCGGCCACGGAAACGCAUACUCCCUUGAUAUCGAUCAGUACUGGAGCAGUGAGAGCACCGCUGCAGGAGAUGGAGUCCAAUUGAACAACGUCACUAUCAGCAACUGGAAAGGUACUGAAGCGGAUGGCGCUGAACGUGGUCCCAUCCGGGUCGUUUGUUCCGAUACCGCCCCUUGCACUGAUAUCACAAUUGAGGACUUCGCUAUGUGGACUGAGGAGGGCGAUUCCCAGUGGUAUCUAUGCGAGAGUGCAUACGGAGAUGGAGCUUGCCUUGAGAGUGGCGAUGAUUACACCUCGUACACCACUACUGUUACUGUGACCUCUGCUCCAUCUGGCUACUCUGCCACUAGCAUGGCUGCGGACUUGACUUCUGCCUUUGGCACUGAUUCAUCCAUUCCUAUUCCUACCAUUCCGACCUCAUUCUAUCCUGGCUUGACUCCUUAUAGCGCUCUAGCCAGUGCCUCGCCUACCUCUGUCUACCCUGUUUGA